AUGAGCCGAAUCCAGGGAUGCGAUGUCGCGGGGCUCUGCCCGGUGGGGGAGAGCCGAGACAUGGCCAGUGGCCACACCCGCGCAGCCGGAAUGGCGGCGGGCAACGGAGAUGAUUUGGUCUGGAACCUGCCGCGGAAGCAGCAUCUUCACCGGCAAACGGCAAACGGCAUGGCGACCGACCAGGCCUUUGGCGGCGGCUCCGAGCUGUCGCCAUAUUCACGCACUGAUAUCGAAUCACAAACAUGA